AUGGUCAAUCGCGUCCCGUUUCUAUUGAGCGCAGUCGAUGCUGGUCCGGCAAGCUUGAUUGAGGCUGCAAGCGACACAGACUUGAACGAUUUCUUCGCUCAGAUGUUUCGGGAGUUUUGCUUGACGCUUGGUGAGACAGAGCUCGCUAACCUUUCGGUUCCCCUUGCAUUGGCGACGCAGUCGCAGCCUGCGGAUCAACAUUGCUUGGCUCACUACCCGAAGGACCCCACCUGCGAAGUGUGCUUGCAAGCAAAAAUGUGUCGAGCUCCAGCGGCUCGCAAAAAGCAAGCUGUCGAAGAUGACAAGCAGACAGCUCGAGUUCACGGGGAACGCAUUCACUGUGAUCUUGUCGGCCCUACACGCCCCAGCAUCAAUGACGAGGUGUAUGCCAUGAUUACGCAUGAUGAUGCAACGGGGUACCCGGCAGCACGUGCUUUGCGCACCAAGCAGGCUUCCGAAGCCGCUGCCGCUUUCGACGACAUGUAUGGGAACCAGUCAGUGUCUUCAGUCCGGACGGACAAUGGUGGCGAGUUCCAGGGCGAGUUCGCCGCCAAACUCAAGGAACGGAAAAUCAGACACGAACGUUCCUUGCCACGUCGACCUCAGACAAAUUCCCGUGCUGAGCGAUUCCACCGCACAGUUGCGGAAGGCAUGGCUUGCCUUUUUGUUGCAUCUGGAGUCCCGUAUGCUUUCUGGACGUUCUGUCUCAUGGCCUUCCUCUUUGUGUAUGCUCGCAGCCCGGGCGCAGGUGGUGCUGACUCACCCUACCAGAUGCGCUUCAAUCGUUCUUAUGAUUUGAGCAAGUUGCGUCCAUUCGGCUCUGCGUGCUACUACCUGUCAGAGGAACAUGAGAAGUUUGCAUCUCGUGGACGGCUUGGUGUGGUGUUGGGGUAUAGCCGCUUGCAGUCAUACUACGUCCUGGAUUUCGAACAUUACGUCGAGACGAAGGGCGAGGCCCGGAUUGUGCACACACGUGAUGUGCGCUUCCCCCCUCAGGUGCGCUGGCCUUUUCACGAGCUGGGCAUGGACAACCCUGAUGCGGCAUACUGGGCCCAACGUUUGUUCGAACCGGAGGUGUUGCAACCAACGCCCGUUGCUGGAGAUGAUGGCCGAUGUGUACUUUGCGGCUUGUGGGCCACUGAUGCCGACAUCCACUGCCGUGGAUGUUUGCUUGGCGGUGGUCGUCGUCGGCAUGUGGAUGGUCCCGGCUGCCUUCGCGCUCGAUGUGGUGGUCAUGCGUUCCUUGACGUUCAGCCCCCUCCGGACUCGCCGGAGACGAGCAUGGACUAUUCUCCAAGCACUCCACGCAGCCGUGAUGGGGGCGUCAUCGACUCCUCCAUGGAUUCGUCAAGCUCCAGGUUUUCGACGUCGCAUGACGCACACGAUGAUGAUGACAUGGGCCCACCGCCUGACGAUGAAGGCGAUGGACGUUGCCAUACGGAUGCCUCGCCACGCAGGCCGCGCUGGCGAGUGGGCUUGUUCGCUGAUGCACAAAUGCCUCCCGAACACAAUUAUGGCCCCCAUUUCGAUGACAGCAUGGAUAGUGGCCUAGUGCCGCCUCGCCCCGACUUAGCGCCAUCAACUCCGCUGUCAAACCGCGUUGCCGCCGAUCUUACAUCUUCAUCCGGGCGAUCUCGGUCCCACCGCGGGUCGCAUCCAUCGGAUGCGGAUUCGGAGCGCGCUUCUCAAAGCCCAGAUGUUGCGCAGAAUCCCGUCUCAAGUUCAUCUCCAUCCCAGGUUGGAUCACACCCAUCAGAUGCGGAUUCGGAGCGAUCCAGGCCGGCCUCCAGCAGUCACAAUCGGACCAGCACGGAGCUGCGGCCAGACGCCAUACACAGUUCGGACGCUGAUUCGGAGAGAUCGCAGCAACCAACCAAUGAUCGCGACAAUGCAGCUAUCUCCUCCACGGUGACGUUUGAAAGCGAUCGAUCUGGGCUCAGCACAGUUGUCCGUGGUGGGACGGUUCUCACAACGCCUGCAGCACUUAGGCUUGAACAGGAGCUGGACAAGCUGACAACUGAGCUGGGGAAGAUGUUCGCUUGCGUCACCAAGAUCGUCAAACGAAGAGAUCCGGAGUGGGACACAAACGCUGCGCGUGAAGCUAUCCGCAAAGAGGCGGCAAACCACGCGUCGAAGCGGACUUGGGAGUCUGAGGCAUGUGAAUGGGAAACCGCUGUGGCCAAGUACGGCCCUGAUGUGGAGUACGUGCAGGCAAACCUCAUCUUGGGGAUCAAGCAUUACGAACUCGAUCAAUCCCAGCACCGAUUCAAAGCUCGCAUAGUCGCACUCGGGGACAACGUUCGCGACAUUUACGGCCGGCUUGUGGAGGAAGACCAAUUGCACGGUCGACCCAUCACGCUUGAAGGAUCACGGGCGCUAGAUUGCUAUGCCGGUUUGCAGCCUGACGGCGAUUGUCAAACUGCUGAUGCUGAUGGUGCCUAUUUGCAAGCUCGACUCAAAGGUCGUCCGAAGGUGAUUUGUUUACCAAGAGAGUUUCGCACACAAUCCGAACUGGAGAUGCGCUGUCCUGUGCACUUGUUGUACAUGGCCAUCUAUGGGCUGACACGUUCAAACAGCGAUUGGGAAGAUCAUGCUGACGACCGGUUGUUGCUUAAGCAUUGGCUGCAAGCUCGUGACAUUGAGCGCCCGAUUUUCAAGAAGGAAUAUAACGGGCACAUUGUGGGCAUGGGCCGUUUCGUCGAUGAUUUCAAGCUGGCGGGACACAAACCCGUGUUACCACAUGCAUGGGCUGAGAUUUUCGAAUGCUUCGAUUUCGCGGACCCGCCUCAACCUGUCAGCCGAUUUGUAGGCUCCGAGGAGAUCUUAUCGCGCGACCAAGCGGAUGUUGCCACAUUUCUAGUGAAGCAGGAUGCGUACAUCGACACCCUCACGAGAAAGUACAUGGAUGAGAUUGGUGCAUACAGACUUCCACGAUACGACACUCCGGCUGUGAAGCUCGCGACCAAUGAUGUUUCAAACAUGAGUGAGACAGGUCAGUUUGCAUCAAAUUGCGGUUCCUACGUAGGGGCUGGAUUGUGGGUAGCGAGGAACAGUCGUCCUGAGAUCUCAUUUGCUGUCGGGUGGUUGGGUCGGUACACCACAAAAUGGACAAGAAGACAGGAUGCUGCCUUGCAUCGUUUGAUGGGGUAUUUGGCGGCGACUAGGUCCUCCGCACUUAGAUUGGUUCUCAAUCCUGCCGAUGUGCACCAACGCACUCUGAAGCUAGUAUUGUGGGUCGAUUCUGAUUGGGCGACGGAUCCCGAUACCAGGCGAUCGACAUCAGGAGCCGUUUUGCAACUUGUUGGGUCGCACGGCACUCGCGCGACAUUUGCUUGGCGAUCGCAUCGUCAAGGAGCUACCGCAUUGUCGGCACCAGAUGCUGAAGUGACGGCCAUGGCUGAAGGUCUCAAGCGCCAUGGGAUUUAUGCACAAGAUCUUUUCGAGUUUUUGCUGGGAUACCGAGUUCCAUUAGACAUCAUGACCGAUUCAGCAACAGGAAUUGCAGCAAUCGAUGACGCAUACGGCGUCCUCAAGUACAUGAAGCGAACGCAAGGUGUGCCUUUGUCAUGGUUGCAUGAUGUGAGCAUGGAUCCCGACAACAACAUCAACAAAACCAGCACCGACGAUAACCUUGCUGAUGUCAUGACGAAAGCACUGGAGAAGAACAAGUUCCAGCAUUUUUCACGGCUCUUGGGAGUUCACCCGCAUGGUUGA